CAGGUUUUUCCUUUAAAAGAGAAAAUAACCCCAUUUCCCUCGCAAAAGCUAGGGUUUAAGAGGAAGACGAAGAACACCUAAUACCAGAACACAGACUCUUCGUCUUCAAACAACAUCAUCAUCAAUGGCGGACGAUGAUAAUGAUAUGGGUGAUAUGGGAUACGAGGAUGAACCAGUUGAGGAUAUUAUGGAAGGAGAAGAAGAGGAGGUUGAGAAUAACAAUGAGGAUGAGGCUGCUGAGCAAGUGGUUUUAGAAGGUGAAGAGAAAGAGGAAGCUGAACCAGUUAAAAAAGAUCGGAAGACGUCUAAGUUUAUGACUAAGUAUGAACGAGCAAGAAUUCUUGGUACCCGCGCUCUGCAGAUUAGCAUGAAUGCACCAGUGAUGGUUGAGCUGGAGGGCGAGACUGAUCCCCUUGAGAUUGCCAUGAAAGAACUCCGGGCCCGCAAGAUACCUUUCACCAUCCGUCGCUACUUGCCUGAUGGAAGUUAUGAAGAUUGGGGAGUUGAUGAGCUGAUCGUUGAAGAUUCUUGGAAGAGACAAGUUGGUGGAGAAUGAUCAUUCGAUCUAUCUGGGGUUCUCUGUCACACUGGCAGCAAUAUGUUGGGUUCUCUUGGUCUGUUGUGUCUCUAGAUAAAUUUCCAACAGAACUUAUAUUAUUACCAUAGUACCCUUAAAAAAUUAUAACAAUGGCUAUUUGUCCUAACGUCCAGUUACACUAGUAGAUGCACGUGUGAUUACUAAUAGAUGUACGUAUGAACAUGAGACCGAUGAAAUGGCCACGAUUAAAUCUCCCCUAA